GACUUUGACCGAGGAUACGAAAUUCAUGGAUAUGGGCUCUCUUGCUUGUACAUCUGGCACGGACUUUGCUGGCUUCUGGUGCGUCGUCACGGUAGUAUAUAUGUGGUCUAUGAGUGCUCGAUACGGGCCGACAUGUCAGUCAGACUUUGACAGCCCAUAUGGACGGUACCCUGAAGUCGAUUUGAAACGCCCGCACAAAGUACGAUAUUUCCUAUUUUCGUUGACAAACCUCAUUCUUAGAUGCACGGCCUGGCGGAGAAGCUUUGCACGGUACGACGGCCCUGUCUCUGCUAGGUCACUUUACCAAUUGAGCCGAGCUUGGUCGGCAUUAAAACAGAGAAGUCAGCCUCCCUGCUGAAGUUGCGCUUUCUCCGCUCGCUCUGCUUCAUUGCUACCUUCAUGAACAUGGCGGUGAGACAGCUCCUACGUCUCUUAGUGGCUGUUGUUUCCUGUGCUGUGGUUGUUCGCGGUGACGCGUCAAUUGCUGCAGGCAACGUACAAUCAACGCUCUCUGUUCCCCCACGCUUGACUAGCAUUGACUCCUCGUUCACAUGCAGUCACUGAGCUCAGAAUCGUCUGGCUCUUCAUCCACUCUUUUAAUACCCUCACUCGUCUCUUCCUUGUCCUCUCCACGUUCUUUCAGUACUCCUCCUACUAGUAGUUUCGUUGCAACUUCUCUACCACAAGACAUUCCUUCGUCUGCCAUCUCAGAUGCAACAUCAGCAUCAGCGUCAUCUACAUCCACUUCUGCGUCACGUUCGCAGUCGGUGGAUCCGGCAACUCUUGCGGAUAUCCAAGUGAUGACUGAACGGAGAUUGUCGUUUAUUGUCGGUGCAGCUACCAAUGCCUCAAACAUUACUACGUGGCUGUCUACAUUGGGUCCGGACGGCAAAUGGCCUGAUUCUGAGAUCGACUAUACUUCCGGUUGCGAGGCUCGCCGAGCAAACUGGCCAGCUCAGAGCCACUGGAUUCGCCUUUUGACCAUGUGUGCUGCUUGGCAUGGUGGCCUGGCGGGAGCUGAGCAAGACGCCAAAGACGCAACCCUGUUGGCGGCCAUCUCCAGUGCAAUGAACUUUUGGUUUGAUAAUGACUACACAAAUCCUUCGUGUUUGGAUUCUGGAGGUACUGCUUCCUGUCCAUGUGGUACCCCUGGUCUAUGGAAUACCAACUGGUUCUCCAAUAUCAUACUCAUCCCAAAUCUCGUAUCCCAAUCGUGCCUCCUCAUGAAUGACACACUCACAGACACUCAACUUAGCAACUGCACCCAUAUCACCGGCAGAACCUAUGGCACCUUCGGACACAGUGUCAAUGGACUGGGUAUUGCAACUGGUGCCAACCUUCUAGAUAUCGCAAAGAUUGGUAUCGACCAAGGUUUGCUCAACACCAAUGCUUCUAUCAUCACAGACGCAUACAGCAGGAUCCAUAACGAAAUUGUCAUUGAGAAUACCACCUUUGCUGAUGGCAUUCGCGCAGACGGCUCUUUUGGUCAGCAUGGCGGAGUCAUCUACAAUGGAAACUAUGGAAAAGACUUCGUAAACGACGUCUUGUUCCUGGAAAUCGUGGCAGGAAGUACACAGUUCGCUGCGGGGCAAGUCUCAAGGGAUGCUUUUGCAACCCUAAUCGAUGCAGACCUAUGGAUGAUCUACCAAAACGUCAUCACUGGAGUUCUUCAUUUCGACUUUAGCGUCCUGGGCCGCUUCAUCAGCUUCCCUGUUAUCGACAACCAAGCUACUGGCAGCAUCCAGAUCAAUAUUACUGAGAUCAAGCAGCUGGGCGAAGAAUGGAAUUCAGAUACAUUAACCUCGGCCGCUGCAAGUCUAUCGACGAACACUACGGAUGCCAAUGUCGGCAGUAUCAACGGGAACCGGAUGUUCUACGCAAACGACUAUAUGGUGCAACGGGGACCUGGCUAUGUGACGACGCUGAGAAUGUACUCCAUCAGAACCAAGAACGGAGAAUGCCUCAAUUCCCAAAACCCAUUUGGAUUCCAUUUGUCUGACGGUACUUUGUAUACCUACUUGCAAGGCAAUGAAUACGAAGAUAUCUCCGUCGCAUGGGAUUGGAAUCUUAUCCCCGGAACCACGGUCGACUACGGUGCAACAGCCUUAACCUGCAACUCGGGAGUCAAGGGCUUGAACGCUUUCGUCGGAGGCGUCUCCGAUGGCGAGAUUGGCAUCGGGGCUAUGCGCUAUACAAACCCAAAGACGAAAGCUUUCAACUUCCAGAAAGCAUGGUUCUUCCUUGAUAACGACGUACAACAUGUUAUGAUCCCCGUCAUCAACUCGUCCUCGAGCGCCCCGGUAUUCUCGGUACUUGACCAAAAGCGCUACCAGGUUCCUAUUCUCGUGGAUAAUUCGCCCGUUCUGGGUAACACGAACUUCUCCCAAGUUGGCACCCUUUGGCACGACAAUGUCGGAUAUCUAUUCGAUGCUAAUUGUCCCGUGCGCUUGUCUGUCGAAGCAGGUCCUCGCACUGGUAACUGGGCAGACAUCGGCAUCUCCACGCAGGGCGAAUCCACGGUCGAUCUUUUUGCGGCAUGGAUUGAUCAUGGCACGGAGAAGCCCAUCUCUCCAGUGUCAUAUACUAUCUUCCCCGCAAUCGACUAUGGAGCGUUCUCUGUGAAAGCUCUCACCACGAAGCUCACUGAUAUCCAGAACGACGCCCACAUCUCCGCGGUUUACGAUGGAGCGCAUCGCACGGUGAUGAUCGUGUUUUGGGAUUCAGCUGGUGGAACUGUCACUUUCCAGCCUUCACAGCUUGAAGCACCUCUCACAGUCACUGCAAACGGGAAUUCCGCGGUGAUCUUCAGACUGAACACUGGAGAAGUCACCGUAUCCGAUCCUUCACAAUCUCUGGCUUUGCUAGACUUGACCUUCGCAGUAGGUCAUGCGGGUGUGAAGCCUCCAGCAUGGGGUCCUGGAUUAUCGAAGCAGUUGACGUUCAAUCUACCCACAGGAGGUUUGGCAGGAAGCAGCGUUACACAAAAGUUGUAACGUUGGUCCCAUGUGCAGUGAUCAGUUUCGAGUUCCAUUCCACUGACCUUCGUUUGUUGCUUAUAUCGAUUAAAUCUUACACAUAUUCACUCGUGCACGUCGUAUUGAUGGAAUCCAUAAGAGCAUGGAAGAAAAUGAAUCUCUGCAUAGCCU